GGAAGUGACGAUUUAGGAACGGAGGAACGAAGCAAACUAUUGUGCGUGGCGCUUGCUUAUGUUUACGGUCUUAAAGGGCACAUCUAGACAGCUUUAGCUUAAAUGUACGCUUUUAUAAGACGUCAUUACACGUUUUAUCAUUAGUUUUAUCAAAAGAAAGAGAAAGUGGAAGCCAUGUCGAGUCGUUUGGCCUUUCAGACCCAGCUAGCAUCCAUCAUGGAGGUACUAGCGAACGCCGCGGUGGCCGAGAUCUGCAAACUGGUGGACGAUGACUAUGCUGUGGUGAGUCUGCAGAUGUCCCAGUGUCAGAAGGAAAACAAAGCCUUGAAAAGAAAACUGCAUCUUCUGGAGCUCAAGAUGGCCCGGGGAACCGCGGAGAGGAGGCUGCGGGAGAGCGCCUUCAACAGCGGCCGCUUGAAGGUGCAGAUCGGCGGCGGCAGCAGCGACAGGCUCCGGGAGAUGCCCACCGGAGAUGGAGCAUUCGACCAGCAGACUGUGUCUCUCUGGCCGGAUCGUGCCCUCACAACCAGCGUCACAGAAGAGCCCCAAUGCCCUCAAAGUAAAUCUCCAGAUGUGCAAUUUGUGGAGCCAGAACCAGUAAUAGUGAAGGAGGAAACUAAAUCAGAAACAAAAGAAGAAGAAGUUGUCCAUCUGAUUGAAGACAAUGACAUCAUGGAGCCAGCUCCAUGUGUAGCAGACGGACCCAAACUUGGCCAAAUCCAGACCUGCUCCAAGACCGGGACCCAGACCCCAUCGAGACUCCCGCGACGAAAAAGCGCCACCAACAGGAGAGUGGAGUCGGAGGAGGAGCCUGAUUUGGUGCUGGUGAAAGUGGAGGAGCCAGAGGAAGCGAGAGACAAACCCAACACUCCAGGUCUCAUCAUACAAGAAGGUCUUGUUGAGUCCAGCACAGAUGACUUCAAAGCUGAGCUCCCAUUCGCCGACGCUUCACAGAUUUCAGCUAAUCAGGUUCACGAAUCCAACCAGGGUUUAUCUGAGGUUAGCUUCGGCUCUGCAUCUCUUUGGACUAAUGAUAAUUUAAGUAAUUUCUCCCAAGACCCAAAUCUCCCUGGUCCUUCUUCACAUAUAGCAGCUUACAACACCAAUGCAAAUAUAUUUCCCAAUGUCCAAGUUCCUGGUGCUAUCUUAACUGGACAGCUCCCAGCCGAGUUCCUAGAUCCAAACCUAGAUAUGCCGGCUAGUUUUAAGAAAAAAAGGGACAAAACUGAGCGUAAAAAGAAUUGCGCGUGUGAUUUUUGUGGUAAAAGAUUUAGUUCUCCGGCAAAUUUAGAGUCCCAUCUCCGGACACAUACAGGAGAGAAGCCGUUUGCAUGUAACAUUUGUGGAAAGUUGUUUUCUCAGAUUUGGAACAUGAAGAUUCAUAAGAACAUUCACACAGGAGAGAGGCCGUACCAGUGCUCCGUGUGCAACGAGAAGUUUUCAGACCCCAGUAACCUCAAGAAACACGAAAAAAGACACUUUGCUCAAAACAGUAACGGUCACACGAAUACCUCUAGUUGAUUGGGCAAAUCCAGAAUGAUAUCUGUCUUUUAUACAGAAGGAUAUCAGUCUGGUCACCUCUUCUCCGUCACAUCUCGAGCAACCAGAUUCAUAACACGUGAAACAAAGGAGAUCAUUGGUCAUCUAUCAUUUUGAAUAAAAUCACAUUUCCCUUACCUCAGUUUGACAGAAUUUAGUGCUUCGAUCAUUGAUAUUUUUCAGUCCCCUGUGAUAUUUUUCCCAUUUUUUUUCCUCCUCAUAGCCACAUUUGUUUAGAUAUGGAUGGGCAAUGAUUAGCUAAUCCACCUGUCAAAUCAAAUGUAUUUAUUUAUAAAGCACUUUUCAUUCAAAAAUGCAAUACAGAGUGCUUUAUGGUCAUAAAAAAAAUCAUUCCUAUCUGAACAAAAUGGGGCUGCAAUGAUUAAUGAUGGCUAUCCAACUAUAAAAAAUAAUCAGUUGUAUUUUGAUUAUUGUAAUUAUUAUGUGGACUAUACGGAGUCUAAAAUGCAUACAAAAAGACUGCAGAAUUAUUAAUCGUCAAAAAAGUAAACUAAGAACCAAUAAUGGUUCAUAAAUAUUCUCUAUUUAGAAAUCUUCAGUUGCCAUGUUUUUACUUAGUUAAAAAUGUGUUUUGAAAAUAUAAAUCAUUAGUUGCAGCCCUAGAGAAAAGUACAGACAUCUUUCCCGUUCAUAUAAUGUAUGCAUAAUACAUAAAGCACUUCCCUCUGCACGAAAAAAAGUUUUGCUUAAAUUUAAGCCCGUCCAUUCCACCAUGAUUAUUUUGAUUUGACUACACACUUUUGAUUUAAUUACACACUUUUAUCUUUGCUUACUUUCUGACUCUUUGAGCAAAAUUUUGAAAUAGUUUUUAAAAAGUGAACGGGCAAAUCAGUAACCAUGGGAUUUGUAACUUUAUAGAAAAUGAUUACUGUUAGUUGAGGGUGGCUCACAUUCAAACUGUCCAUGUUUUAGCCUUUGCUUUAAGGAACUGUAUGUAUCCUGCACUCUUACAGUUUUAAAAAGGUACUACAAUCACAGCUGAACCUGUGUUGCCAGUGCCUAAAUCUGCAUAGAAGACACAUACACACAUUUUUCUCAUUCUCAGUAUAUGGACAGUCACUACCUAAGCGAGUGAGCACUUACGUAGUGAAAUUUCAGAUCAGAGAGGCCGUGUAGAUUUAAACCUAUUGGAGUUCAGCAUUAAAACUGAAGCUUAUUCUGCUUUCUGAUUGGAUCAUUAUUUUGAAUUAAAACAGCAAGUUAUAGCAUAAACAACUUGGCCAUUCAAUUUGAACAUGUCUACCUCUUAUAUAGGGAGACAGUUAGGUCAUGCUUAUGGAAUUUAAAAUCAAAAUCUUGCAUACAGUUUCUAUUUGGUAUUUGUCUUCUUCCACAGCUUAACUUUUACUGUACAUAAUGUGAUCAUGAUUAAGAUUUCGCCAUAAUAGAACAGCCAUACUCUACAGCUUACAUAAAAAAUAAUCAAAUAUCAGAGAAGAUCGAAUUCAAACAUAAACCAAGCUAUAUUUACAAACUAUAUAUGUUAUAAGUUUCAUUUCUUCAUUCCACUGUUUAAUGUUUUGUUUGAUUAUAUUGUAUAAUGUAGGUUAAAAAAGUUAAAUCUUGAUAUGUAAUAGAACUGGAUUGUGUCACAAUUUUGUAAUAUUUAAACUGCAUUUUCAUAAUUAAAAUUUUUAAAUGAAAAUGUGUGGUUUUGUGUGUUUCAUUUUGAUCAAUUCUGUCUGCUUUGUUCAGAGAAGUAAUAAGUCAAAAUUGUGACACAAUUGCAGAUUAUUUGUAUUACCUUAAUACCUUCUUAAGUUUAGCAUUUUGUUAAUGAACAGUUGGCAAAAGAAAUCACAUAGGUCUAUCAUCUUAUCUCCUCUUCAAUGUUUUUGAAGUAAAGGUGGAAAGUAACUAUUUACAAGUACACAUGUUACUGGGGGUAGAUUUCUGGGGUACUUGUACUUUAAGUAGAUUUUUCAACCUGCACUUAUAAUUGAAUGUAAAUCUAGGUAUGUAAUUGUAAUAAGUUACAUUUUAAAUCAUAGAUAUUGGUGAGUACUGUACAAGUCUGAAUUGUGCAAUGCAUGGCCGUCUGCAACCUCUCAUCUCUCAACACACAUAACAGCACUGCUUUGAUUGGCCAGAGAAUGUGCAGAUUGCAGUUUAAAAUGACUAAAUUGAAAUAUUAUAUAAUGUUUUGUAUAGUGUGAAUAUACUUCUAAAAUUGCGUUAAAAAAGUAACUCGUAACUAGUAGUGUUAGGUAUUUUUCAUGCAUACUUUUUACUUUUACUUUACACCUUUAGCAGUAGUACUUGUGCAGGUAAUUGAGUAUAUUAUUAGCUAAGUAACCACUUUUAUUUUAGUACAAAUUUUCAGUACUGUUUCCACUACUGCCUAUAGAGAGCUAAAGUAGUUUUCUUCAAUAUGGCGACACAAACUAGGAAAAGACAUUUAACAGUCGGCUUAAUGGUACUGAAGGCGUGACGACUGUUCCAUGGCCGUUGUGGCAGUUGAUGCAGAAUCUGCCUGAUGUGUCCAAUCUAGGCUACCUUCCUAUAGCUGCUAUUUCUGAUCUAGUAAGGCAACGUAGCCUAUUCUGUGGUUUUCAAUCUCAUUAAAACAAUUACCAGAUUACACCAUUUUGAGAAAUAUGUUCAAAAGUUAAAACUUUGAAAAGUUAAAACUUUUGAAACAGUAAAAAAAUCUACUUAACUGAAAUUGGAGUGUAUUGCUCCCCGGCCCCGGCCCUAGAUCAGUAAUGAGUUGGUGCCACAAAUGGCAUAAAUGGCAUAAAUGUUAGGCACCACAAAUACUGACAGGUUUCAUAAAACACCUGUGGCAGGUGCUAUUGUCAGAAAUUCAGUGUAUGACUAUUCCUAUAAGAACAUAGAAAUACUCAAAUGAUAUUAUUAAUAUUUUUGUUCUUUUUUUUCAGUCCAAUGAUGUGAAGAUUCCCGUCUCCUCACGCUCUGCCACUGGCUCUGAUUUAGCCUUUUUUGAACUGGAGCCGUUUUUCACACGUUGGGCCCCAGACAAGGGAUCGACAGCACCCCCCUGUGUUUUGUUCAGCGGAAAUAUGCCCACAGAAAGGGAGAAGAAUGCAGUUACAGCGGAAAAUGAGAUAAGAAGAGGGAAUGAAGAGCAGUAUAAUGAAACAAGAAGCCACAACCAGCAACAACCCAGUGUUUCACAAGGCAAGAAGUUUACUAUUUACCUUAAGUGCACCAAGUCUUUGCUUAUAAUUUUCCACAAUAUGGCCAUGAUGACAAGCAGUCAGUUAUGAGUGAGAACUGUGGGGAGGUCAGCCCAUUCGUAGUUAGAAUAAUUUGAUUUUCAACGUAAUUUUGAUAAUAAAAACACCUGUAAUGUUUGGAACUCUACCAUGUUAUAAUGUUAUUCCCUCAUCAAAAACAUGCCUAACGAGGUUUUAUAUGUCAUCCAUGCAUGUUUGAGUAAUCUUGUGAUCUAUCUCCCUCCCUAUUUGAACCCUCCUUAUGGUUGGCAGUGUGAUCCUGUUCAAGACUCACCCAUGAUCGCACAUAACAAUUCUUCAUAAAUAUGCAAAAGAAUGAUACAAAACUACAUUACAACUUGACAAACCUGAUGUGAUAUGCUGUAGUUUCAUUAGGAACAUGCACGCUGAUUGUGUUAUGAUAGACUCUGAAGGCGGAGUGAUUUAGAGUGAUGGAGAGCAAAGGGAGGAGAGACUCAAAAACAUCAAAAACAAAGGUGCACAUUAUUAAACAUUUUAAUGUUGUUUUCAUUGAUUAUAGCAUUUCAAAACAAUUAACAAUUAAUACCCUGUAGAAGUGUAAUAUGCGUGAAAAGUGAUAAACUUAGUAUGUUCAGAGAUCUUCAAUUAAAGUUUAUAUUUUCUCAGUACUGGAACAAGAACGAGCAUGGAUGCAUGGACUUCUUUUAGGCUCCACCCCAGUCUUCGGCAUUAUCGUCAAUACAAAUCCAGUCAGUUCAUUCAAGAUGGACUCCUACAAUGUUAAGAAACCCACACUUGCUUCUCAACACUAGAACACCUCAACAAAACCUGUCAAAUGCUCCCAAUGUAACUCUCAGUGUCUCUUCUACCUUGGCACCCUCUACUAGCACAACUUUAAACCAGACAAUUCAAACUUCAAACUCACAAAAAUAUAAAAUAGGAAAAAAAUAUGUUUGCAAACUUUGUGGUAAACUAUUUCCUGCUUGGUCAAAUUUGGAGAUUCACCAAAGAGUGCAUACAGGAGAAAGGCCUUUUAAAUGUGAGACUUGUGGAAAGCGUUUUUCCGAAGCGGGAAAUUUGAAAAAACACCAACGCGUUCAUACCGGAGAGAAGCCGUUCAGCUGCAACAAAUGUGGAAAGACUUUCGCUUGGAUCUGUAAUUUAAAAACGCACCAACAAUCGACAAUCAGCUGUAUGCAACAGGGCAGAGGAGCGACCUAGAGUAGAGGAGGGAGAAAUUUCAAAAAUAGACGAUACAGCAAUUGUUGUUUUGAGAUAUGCAAAAUUUGAAUAUUAAAGGUCUGGUAACUGACUGUGAACCUUGCGUUAAGAACAUGUAGUUUGAUCUGUUAACCUCAUCCACUUAGUCAUAGUUGUUUCCAUAUGGUUCUAAUCAAUCUCCCCCCAUUUUGUGUUUUUGCUCUCUCUUAAUAGUGCACAAUGACAGAGAAUCAACUGUCUGGGAUAGUGCAGGUAGUUGUUUUCAGUAUUACCCAACAAAAUUCUUUACAAAAUGUUACAUAAUGUUAAAUGUUCUGAUUCAUCUGCAUUUACAUUGCAUAUUCUAACAGGCAUUUAUUUCACAAAAGUGAGUUUAGAUUGAUUUGCUGGUGGCAUUGUUGGCUUGACUUAAAAUAUCAUAAGUCUGAGUUUCCUAUAAGUGGAAUUCUAUAUAAAACAGGUAUAAUUUUAAUUUGUAUAUAUUAAAUUAGUAUAAGCUGUAUGAAAAUAAAUCAUAAUAAAUAAAUAAGCCAUACCUACAUACUAAUUGAUGCAAAAAAUUAUAUUGGAAAGUAGGUACUAAAUUCAACAAGCAAUGAUACUCAAAAUCAAAAUAUGACCUUACCUGAAUAGUUUUGAAAUGAUCUACAACAAAUCUAGUAAAUGACCUUAUUGUAAUACUUAAUAAACACUAACUGAAAACUGAUACCAGAUUUGAAGUCAGAAUUUUACUAAAUUUUACAGGCAUGAGUGUGUUUGCCUUUUUUUGAAAAUGUUCCCACAAGCUUAUCUCGCCACAUAUGUAGAGCAUUUCACUUUUGGUUAUGUUAUGGUACACUAGAGUCUUGUUGUAGAGUUAUGGUAAAGAUCAAAUACUAAGGUUUGGCCAAUAUGAAAUUAAGGGUUAUGAACAAAAAAAAAGAGGCAACAAAAAAAGUUGAACUUGGAAACAUGGACACGUAGGUGCACUUCCCUUUGACAAUAAACUAUUUUACUUAAUAAUUUACCUUUGACCUACCUUACUGAAGUCUAUUUUAGGGCAGUUUUUCAUCAGACUAUAUGUAUUAUUGGUAAUGUCAUAUUUUUAACCCUGUGGCAUUCUGGCCGUUUACUGCUGUUUUAUAUGUUUAUUUACUUUUCUAUAAAAGUUGGAAUAAAUUGUUUGCUGUUUG